CUACAUAUGUGGUGCCAUGAGAGGCAUGGGUGGCUGCACGGGAUAGCUGCCCUGUGGCGGGAAGAGUGGAGGGGCGGGCGGUUGGGUGUUCUGCAUCAUGGCCAUGAUGUCUUGCUGUGGGCUCGUCGAUGUGGUCGACUGGCGGAGGUGGGUGGCUCCCCACUUGCGCAGGCGGUCCUUGAUGGCGUCCAGCCCCAAGUUGUCGCUGAGUAUGUUCUCCUUCAGGAUACUAAGGCUCGUCUCGGUGGUGGGGAUGGAAUCAGUCAGGUAGGCCUGCUGAUCCAGCUGUGAGAGCUCCUUGCCCAUGCACACACGAUACUGAUUCACCAGGCUCUCGAAGCGCAGGAUCUCCGUCUCCGGCUCGAGGGUCUGCCAGGCGAAUGAGCGGAGCUGCUGAGCCAGCAUCGUGCCCAUCUGGUUCUUGUUGCGCAGGUAGCACUUGCGAAGAUGCCACCACGCGUAGGCGCCAUUGCCCUCCUCCAUGUCGCCCAUCUGCUGCAGGUAACUGGCCGCUCUUCCUUUGCAGACGCCCACGAGGAUACGCCACAGUCCCUGUGCGGCCUUCCAUUUGUUCUUCGUCGCCUCAGUCGCAUCAGUUGCUGUCGCAUUCGCUUGGCAGCCUCCUCAGCAUCCCCUCAUUGCUCGGGCAUCACUCCUUGCUCAGCAUAGGAAAAGAGCAGCCGCCUGACCUUCCAGUUCCAGUUCAGAUACGCGUGAGAGUCGCCAUUUAGCUCGGGAAUCGUGAGACGCUGGUCGUCGAUGGUGAUCUCAAAGCCUCGGCCGGCCAUAGCCUCAGUGCAGAAUCAAUAAAGGAAAGUCUAUACAAGCAGAAGUAGCCUUGCUUCAGCAGAGAAACCUUCUUGCUGCGCCCAUGUUGAAGUUGCUGUGUGCCGAACACAUACCGUGGUCAGAAGGAUCA